UAUGAAGUGUUUACUAGUUUCAUUAAUUAUUAUUCAAUUCUCAGUAACAGCGGCGGUCAUUUGCUCUGUUGGAGAGUAUCAAUGUCCCCGACUUGGAGGGUUAUCAAAAGAGGCACGCUGCGUUCCUCAUUACAAAUGGUGUGAUGGUAGAGGAGAUUGCGAAGGCAGCUACGAUGAAAGUAGGGAUCAAGACUAUCCCGAUAGAUUUUGUUUACCAACAAAUGAAAAUGUCUUUGGACCCAACGAAAAGCAGCUUUUAACAUUAGCAUUUACUAAAGAGUCAGAGUUUGAAUUCGAUAGCAGAUCUACGGGAACUUGUAAGUUGGUUGAUUUAGAAGACAUUGACCUGUGUCGAUGCUCCAAUUAUCAAUUUAUAUGCUCUGUGGCAAAAACAGAUGUAUCAAUAAUUUUAAAAGAUUUAAAAAUAGAAACUCUUGAAUUGAUAACGGAUUUAAGAGUAAAUAUGAAAGAUGUCAAUGAUUUUACUUUCAGAAAACUUAUUAACUUAAGGUGGUUGGAUCUUAGUGAUGGUAAUUUGAUGACAAUAUCACGAAAAGCUUUUGACAAUCAGGGUUUAUUACAAAUAUUAAAUAUAUCAAAUACUCCUCUUAAGUAUAUUUCUCACGAUACUUUACAACCCUUAAAAAAUCUUCGAAUUCUAAAUAUCUCCAACAUUUUCUAUGAUGAUUUUCAAUUUGAUGAUACAGCUUUUGGUGAAAUGACUGAACUACAAAUGCUUAUCAUUAGAAAUACAACAUGGAAUCCUUCAUCCUCAAGUAUCAUUGAAUUAAAUAACAACAUUUCAGAGGUACUAGAAGUUGACUUCUCGGCAAAUCAACUGCAAAUAGUUAGCGAAUGGCUAUUAUCAAAAAUGACGAGAGUAACAAGCCUAUGUUUAAAGAAUAAUAGAAUAAAGUUCAUUCAUAAAUUUGCGUUCUCCUUUCUACAUCAAUUACAAUUCAUAGAUUUGAGUUAUAAUCAAUUAGAAAAUCUGCAUACUGAUCUCUUUGAAUUAACUGCAAACUUGAGGGAGAUACGGCUGAACGAUAACCCUAUUGUAAAUUUUGACAUAUUUAUUAUUGCUCCCCCUGAAAAUCUUCUCACUUUUUAUCUUUACAAUACAAGACUCACUCAAUUGACGGAUCGUAUUGAGGCUUGGAAAGGAUUUUAUUCAAGUUAUCUUUCGCCAAAUUCAGCUGUAAGAUCUAUAAGAAGAGUUAGGGUACAAUUGUUAAUUCAAUGCAGAUUUUUCCCUUAUUCUCAAGAUUGUCACAUUGAAUCCGGUCAGAAGAGUGACGGAGUGUCCUCUUUUGAUCAACUCUUGGGAGGAAAUGGUCUACCUUCAAUGUUAAUAUUAUCUGCACUCUGGAUAUUGUCGGCUAAUUUGGGAAUGAUAAUUUUUACUCAGAAAAAUGUUCACAAUACUGUUGCUAAACAACUCCAAACAUGCUUAGGACUCUAUGGUACCAAUAGCACUCAUCUACUAUACAUUUAUAACGGUUUAAAGAGAGGCAAAGAAGGUUCUGUUUUAUCAUCCCAGCUGCAUGUAGCUAGGCUUUUCGCAGCUAUAAUAUCUUUUAUGCCAAUAAAUGGACAGUCGGGUACAGAACUACCUGCCUAUGGAAGUGAUGCUUUAUGCUGGUCAUCAAUUCACGUAGUUAGCAUCACUACUGAUACUGCCGCUGUGGCAGAUAGCAAAAUGAGAAUACGCUUCAUUUGCAUUACUGUUGUACAAGUUACCGCAAGUCUAAUAGUAUUAAUAUCAACAACUGCUCUCACCCUCCCAGAAAGGGAUAAUUUUUCACCAUGUUGGGCUACCUUGAUAGCCCUAUAUUGGCAAGCAUUCUGGACACCUUUUGUUGCUUGUCUGUGUUCACAAACAGUUAUAGACUCACUUCCUCAGUCUAUAUCGAAAAAGAUGGAACAAAGUCUCGUUAAAAGUGCUGGCAUCGUAGCACAGCCUCCUCAAAAAGGAAUAUUACGACAACCGGCUGAUAUAACAAGAUCUCCUCUUGGUAGUAGUAAAAGUCGAGAUGCUGAUACUAGCAACAGUCGUGGAGAUGAAUUUUAUAAUUCAAGUUCAAUGCGGCGCAGAAUAAGACCCAACAGGCUAUCCAUGGCUGGCAGUAUUUCCCUAAUCUCCUAUGAAAUAAAGGAGUUUUCACAAGAUAGCGAAAAGACUUCUCAGGAAUGGACCACUGAAACGUCAACACAUUCAAAAGAUUCUCAUACAGGAUCAUCUUUAUCCAGACAUAGUUCUCUAGAUAGUGAUGUUUCUGAUCAAUGA